CUUAAACUGAAAAGCCAGUUGAACUGGCUGACUCAGCGAAUUAAGGCUCAUCGUGGGAGAAAUAAGCGGGUUUCAAGAUGUGCGGGAAAAAAUGGCUCAACCACCGUCGAAAAGUAGCACCAAUCUAUCUCCAUUAUUCUACAUAACUUGUUCCAUCUCCAUCCCCAUAUACAAGCCACCGCCUCAGCCAUAGCCACAAUUCUUACCAGUCCAUAUUCUUGAAUUGGGAAUUCAAAGCCUCUUCUAUUUUCUCGUAUAUCAUCUAUCUGACUAUCUCAGUGCACUUCUUCUUCUUUUUUGGAAUUACAGUCUUAUAGCUCUCUACCCCUCUCCAAUUUGGUAUUGUCAACCUUCACAAAAUAGGUAAUACUUUUUUAAUUUCUCAGAGAAGAUGGUGAAUCUAUUGGUUUGCAAUUUAUCAGUUUUAUGAAUUGGGUUUUGGAUAAAAUUGGUUGUUAAGAUAAUUGAGUCUCUCCCUCAAUGGAGGCUCGAAAUUCUCACCUCCAGUGGUGACUCAAACACUUUAGUCCGGCGGCAAGAUAUUUGAGACCACCAUCUCUACACUUAAGUCUAGCAGUCUGUAUUCCCUGUUAAACCUUUCAAAAAAGAAAAUAUAUAUUCAGAUUUUUAAAGAUUUUUUCACAACUUCCAUUAGAAAAUAAAAUGGUAGAAAGAUUGAGUUGAUUUGUUUAGUGUUAUCCUCGUUUUUUAUGUAUUUAGUCCAAUUUUAGGUAUUAUCGAUAAUUGUAAUUCUAGAUGUUGUCAAUAAUGAUUUCAGACACUCUUAGCAAUAUAGAGAUGUAAGAACUAAGAAGGUAUAUUCUGAAUUUUUAAUAUCAUAGAGCAUUGCCACUGAUGGACUAUUCCACAAUAGCUUUUUUUUUUCAAGUUACAACUUUCAAAUCAGAUAAAUAACCAUUGUAUCUGGUGAUAAUCAGAUAUUAAGAGGUGAUCAUAAAUUUAUUAGAAAAAAUUCCUACACUGGUGCACUUCUGCUAACUCAUCAGAAGUUGACAAUAUGCUGGAAUAAGCAACAAAAAGAACUAAAAAAAGAUAGACCACAUCCUUCCAAUGAUCAUCAUUCACACAAACAAGCAGAUAGUACAGUUCAAUUCAGAAGGCCAGUUUUGUUAUGAGCUUCUUGUCUAGGAAGAUAAAACAUUCUGAACUUCUGCAGUAACAUCCUUUGGUUGUUUUUCAGCAUGUAAGCUAGCAACAAUACCCUUCUUUGAAUAAUAAUCUAUAACCGGUUUUGUUUGGCGGUGAAAAGCCUCGAGCCUGGACUUGAGAACAACACAGUAUCAAAUAAAUAUUUUGAUCUAAAUGUUCCUUAAUAAAAAGAUGAAAUAAGUAUUUUAGUCAAUUUUACACUAAUGCUACCAAAUAGGGAGCAGGUUUGCUGACUGGUCUGAUAUACAUGAUAUAGUGACUGUUAUAUGUUACUAGCCAAAUGUCAAGGUAAACAAUCAAGUUAGUUAGUAUUCUUAUUUAUGUAUUCAUUUUUUAUUGCAGGACAAGUUGGAUUAUUUAUAAGUGACCUUUUUAUUAGUGACCUUUUUGCUACUGUAAAUUUAUAGAGUAAUUUUGCAAGUAAUUCAUUGUCCAUUAGGUAUGUGUAGUUUAUUGGUUGGUUCUGUACACUUGAUUGGUAAGGAGUUUAGAAGAGAAUGUUCCUCCACACACUUGGUUUUUGUAUUAAGCACUAAAUUAGUAAAGUAAUACUAUCUACUAUAUAUGUGCAGGCUGAAUUUUGAAGUGGAACUUAGCAAUUUUUACCUACUGUAAUCAAGAUUUCACAUAAUUUGAUUUUGGAUCAACUAUCCUUCUAUUGCUAGUUUUAGAACAUGAGAAGUUCAAUUCUUUUAACAAUUUACUCACAUCAUCUCUUUUUUAUUCUCUACAUAUGUGCUAUUUAUAUCUAUAGCAUAAUUUCUCUUUUUAUGCACAGAAAGGAUUAGGCUACAUAUACAUGGAUUCACAGGACCAUACUAACCUUCCAUUUACUAGUGAGAAUCAAUCUGCCAAUUAUGGAAUUUCAUCCCAGAAUUUGAACCAAUUUAACCCAAUGAACAAUCCAAUGAUGCAGCCUAUGUAUCACUUUGAUCCAACUAUUGGAGCAUAUGCUAUCCACAUUGAUCAACACAAUAGACCUACAUUUCCCUUCCAGCACAUGUUGAAUACCCCUAUGGGCACUCAGAACAUUGAGACAGUGAAUGCAUUAAACAAGAGAGCUAAAGACAUUCAAGAUCCAAAUCUCUCUCAAAAUGCAACAUCUAAGAAAGAUUGGACUACAGAAGAGGAGGUUGCUUUAACAGAAGCUUGGUUAUAUAUAUCCACAGAUGCUGAUGUCGGAACUAAUAAAAAAGUCCAGCUAUGUGGAAUCGUAUAUUAGAAGUCUGGAAGGAGAAAAUGGGGCCCGAGCACAAGAAAUCUAGGAAUAAUAAUAGCAUACAAUGCCAUUGGCACCAAAUACGAGUUGAGGUAGACGUUGGAGUUAUACAAGGAUUUCUAUGGCAGUCAUUUCAAAUUUCUUCACUGUUGGACAAUCUUGGUCAAGAAUUCAAAAUAGUGCUCAACAAAUCUUACGAAGACGGGGGUACAGCCCAAAGGUAAGUCUGACAAAAAUUAUUCACCACCGGUAGGUGACUCUGCAACUAGUAUCCAUGAAGAUCGAGUUCCCCCUGAUGGCAUUUAACGCGGAAGGUGUUGUGCGCCCACAAGGAAGAAAAGCUUGUAAAGAAAAAAAGCGAAAACUAAAUGAAGAAAAGGGUGUUGUCGAUGUAUUGAAUAAGCUACAAUCUACUCUGCAUAAACAAGUUAGUUUCAAUAUGACAAGCUUGGAGUUGAGAAAAGAGAAUGAUGAGAAAGAAUUUCAGUUGAAAGAGCAAGUGAUGAAAAAAGAAAUUGAACUAAAGAAAAAUGCUCAGAAGUUGAGGAAAAAGGAGAGAGCUCAGAAUUAUAUCAUGAAUCAAGAUCUAAGCAAGCUAUCACAUCGAACUUUCUUUGAAAUCAUGAAAGCUGAGAUUUCAAAAGAAUGGGAGAGAGAUGCUCUUUCCUAAAUUUGUGUAUUAAGUGAUGUUGUCUUUAGUUGAAUUUCAUUUAGUACUAAUUUUGUAAGUAAGUUUUUUUAUCUCUUGUUUAGUUAAUCAAACUUGUGUUGGUGAUUAUUUUAUGUGUUUAUUUUGAAUACAUUUUUCAAGUUAAAUGAUUU